AUGACGGGUAUGGGUGCUGCUGCAGACAAACUAUUGCGCCAGCUUCAUUAUAAAUACCUCGCGCAUUUCCAGGAAUGCUGGGUGCCCGAUGUACCGGGAUCGCCCAACCUGGCUGGCAGCUUAUCGCACCCUUCCCACCUGCCCCGUCAUACGCACUAUAUAGGUAUGCUGUCGCAAAUGCAACCUGGCGAUACGCCCACUACUACGGAACAUCUGCUUAUUGUAUUGUCUGGCCCGGAGCCGCAACGCAGCCAGCUUUCAGACCUCUUAUGGAAGUGGGUACAAACCUCAGAUCAGCGUAUUGUUUUUGUAGAAGGAUCAGCGGCUAUUGCCGCCCGCACUUCUGUACCUGCGCAUAUACAGUAUCAUUUACAGCUGGGAGCAGCAGCGCUGCAACCUUUAAUGGAACAGGCACACCUGGUUAUCUGCCGAAGCGGUUACAGUACUCUUAUGGACCUGGUACUUCUGAAUAAAAAGGCAUUGCUCAUUCCUACACCCGGGCAAACAGAACAAGAGUAUCUCGCUCAUUCCCUGCAGCAGCAAGGUAUCUUUAUGGCGGCCCGUCAAUCGUUGUUACAACUUAAUAAAGAGCUGGCUGCAGUAGCAAGCUUUCCGUUUCAAAAACUGGCGCUGCCGGGCGGCCAUCAACAGUUCGUCCCGACAUUGGACCGCUGGAUCCACUCACUUCCCUAA